AUGGACGCAUCACCCUCAGGGGGCUUUACAGCCCCCGCCCCUCAGUUCGCCCUUCUUGAUAUGUUCUUUCCUGGCUUCUCUGUAUUCUCCGGCGCUGUCGAGAAAUACUUCAAGGUGGAUCUGAACCUCUACAUACCUGUUGUCAUCUUCCUCGGUAGCGUCACCUUUAUGUGGCGUUACUUUUCGGAUUACUUCUGGGAGAAAUUGGAAGCCUAUUUCAUGAGCACGGUGGAUAUCCGAACCGAUGAUGAGAUCUACAACAUGCUUAUGGCUUGGGUGGCCCAACAGAAGUUUGCAAAGGGGGCACGACGCUUCGUUGUCAACACAAAUCUGAACUCUAGGGCAUGGUACCUGUGGCGGUGGGACGACGACGACGACGAUGGGCCCGAAGACGGCGACGACAGCCCUGCGUCGCACGGAAAGAAGCAGAAGCAACUUGCAUACACGCCCACCUUUGGAAGCCACUUCUUCUGGUACAAAGGCCGGAUUUGUAUCUUCCGCCGAGACAAGGGCCGUGACCAGCAGGCGGGCUACAUGCUUGUGAGCGAGCGCGAGGAAAUCUCCAUCUCGUGCUUUGGCCGCGACCCCUGGCUGUUGAAGGAGCUCCUGAUGGAGGCUCGUACCCAAUUCACCCAGCGGGAUGAGCACAAGACGCUCAUCUACCGUGGAACGAUUCCUGCAGGGACCACAACUCCAGCCUGGCAGAGGUGCCUCGCGCGAGCUUCAAGGCCUUUCUCAACGGUCAUUCUGAACGACAAGGUUAAGCAAGAUCUUAUUGAUGAUGUCCAAGACUACCUCAAUCCGGCGACCAGACGGUGGUACUCGAAUCGCGGCAUUCCUUACCGCCGUGGCUAUCUGCUCUACGGCCCUCCUGGGACUGGCAAGAGUUCACUCUCCUUGGCCCUGGCUGGAUUCUUCAAGAUGCGCAUCUACAUCGUUAGCUUGAGCAGCGUCACCUCGAACGAGGAGAACCUGUCAACGCUGUUCGCAGAGCUGCCGCGGCGGUGUGUGGUUCUGCUGGAGGACAUCGACACGGCAGGGCUGACGCACACACGCGAGGACAGGCCCUCUGACGCUGGUAACGACAGCAAGGAUGACGAUAUGGAGCCUGGGCAGCUGACCAAGGGUGCUGGCCCUACCAACACGAACAACAACAACGGCCGCCUGUCGCUCUCGGGCCUUCUGAACAUCCUGGACGGCGUCGCCUCGCAGGAGGGGCGGGUUCUGAUUAUGACGACCAACCAUGUCGACAAGCUCGACAAGGCUCUCAUCCGACCCGGGCGAGUAGAUAUGAUCGUCAAGUUCGACCUGGCCGAUACGGGCAUGAUCAGCUCCAUCUUCCGCGCCAUCUUCGCACCCCUCGAGGGCGACAACAAGCCCUCGGCGUCGGAGGCCGAGGCCGCAGCGCGGGACCCCGAGGAGGGCAAGCGGCGCGUGGAGGCCGACAAGGUCCGGCGUGACGAGAUAACGGUCGAGAUCGAGAGGCUGGCCGAGGACUUUGCGGCCAGGAUCCCCGCGCACGAGUUCAGCCCCGCGGAGCUGCAGGGGUACCUGUUGAAGAACAAGCGGGACGCCGAGGGCGCCGUACGCGGCGCCGAAGCGUGGGUCGUCGAGGCGAGGAAGGAGAAGGCCGCUAAGCAGCUCAAGGACGCGGAGGACAAGAGGAAGAAGGAGGAGGAGGAAAAGGAGGCCGAGAAGAAGAAAAAGAAGAAGAGCAAGAGGGGCGGUAAGUCCAAGAAGAAGGAGCACAAGAGCAAGAAAGAGUCGUCCUCCAGCGAAUCCGACUCGGACUCGUCGAGCAGCUCAUCCAGCUCGUCUGAGUCCGAGUCAGAGGCUGAGGCGAAGAAAGAUAAGCGGCACAAGAGUAAGGGUAAGACCGACGUCAAGAUCAAGGUCGACGUAGUUAAAGAAGACGAGCAGGCUCCAAAUGCCCCGGCCUCGGCGAAGUCGGACGGUUUCAUCGAUGUUGAGAAGGACUGCGUCGACGACUCCGAAGGCAGGCCGCGGAGCACGGAUUCUGGCUAUGGCACCCCUUAG